AUGCAGCAGUCGGGAUCGAUCAUCUCGAGCUCGUCAUCCAAGAUGUCGCACAGCACCAACCCCCUGAAGAAGGCCGGUAAGAAGCUCGACAGGAAGCUCUACAAGUUGAAAUCGAAAAUCAGCAAGUCGAAGGCGGUCAAUCAAGAGUGUGAAAAGCCAGCACUCACCGCGGGGCCCGAGGCAAUCAAUGAGGGGAUGGGCAGCAGCGGAAACUCCAUUGACCUCAAACCAAACCAACAAGACAUCAAGACAGCGAAGCGAGACGCACGAAGAGCAAAGUGGGCGGCAAGGCGCAAAGCCUGGAAACAGUUUGCAAAGAAGGCAGGAAAGGGAAUGGUGGUUUCAGGCGCCAUCAUUCUCGGUCUGGUCUUCGCUCCUGUGGUGUUGGUCUUUGACCUCACCAUCCAGUUGGUGGCCAUGGUGAUCGGGCUGGUGAUAGAGAUACUGGCCAUCAUUUGUGCGCCAUUCUGCAUUUGCUUCUCAUGA